AGGGGGAAGCCAUUGUAGCCCAGUAUAAAUUGGACCAGUGUACGGUUGGCCACUCAAAAAAUAUCAGGCCCAACCCAAAUUUUCCAACCCAACACCUUCCUUCUUCGCUUCUUCCUCCUGAACUUCGCAAGGCAGCAGAUCGGCAGAGACGCAGAGAGUAGAAGGAAAAAAGACCCGGCAGACCGCUAACCACGUCGCUCCGCCACCCAGUCGCCCGCUUUCCACCUUUCAGCCUCCGCCUGCGUCUUCCUGGCUGAAAGUGUCGUGCCGUGCUGCCCGCCGGCAGCGUCUGCCCUCAUACUCGCUCCUUCGUCCAGACGCCCACUCCGGCCACUUGCCUGCUCGGGUGUUCCACUGAAAGUAGGUGGUCUCUCUUCUCAGACUCCCACUUCUCACGUCUGCUAGCCGUAACCCAUAUUUAAUAACCGGCUCCCCUGAACUUCCGUACUAGCUACGCCCCUGGAUACCCUGCUCUUCUUAAGUGAUCUUCUCCUUUUCAUGCUCUCCAAUUGAGUGAGAUUGGCCAAUUGCCUUUACCGCAAGUGCUCACUGAUUGGUUUCUUCUUCUGAAACAUCAUCAACCCAAUCAUGGCCGCCAAUUUCUGGACCUCUUCUCACUACAAGCAGCUUCUGGAUCCUGAAGAUCUGAAUGUUGUUCAUCAGCUUGAUAGGGAGAGAGGUCUCACUCUUGAAGAUUGCAAGCUCAUCAAGAUCCAUAUGUCCAACUACAUUUCAAGAUUGGCCCAAAAUGUUAAAGUUAGGCAAAGGGUUGUAGCUACUGCCAUUUCAUACAUGAGACGUGUUUAUGUCAGAAAAAGUAUGACAGAAUAUGAUCCUCGUCUGGUUGCUCCAGCCUGCUUAUACUUGGCAUCGAAGGCAGAAGAGAGCACAAUGCAAGCUAGGCACCUCGUUUUUUAUAUCAAGAAAAUAUAUUCGGAUGAGAAGUACAGAUUUGAAAUAAAAGACAUUUUAGAAAUGGAGAUGAAAAUUUUGGAAGCCCUCAACUAUUACUUGGUUGUGUUCCAUCCAUACAGUUCGCUAACACAGUUGCUGCAGGAUGCUGGUAUGAACGAUGCAACUCACCUAACUUGGGGAAUUGUGAAUGAUACGUAUAAGAUGGAUCUAAUUCUUAUUCAUCCACCCCACCUGAUAGCAUUAGCAUGCAUAUACAUAGCAAGCGUUUUGAAAGACAGAGAAAACAGCACUUCCUGGUUUGAAGAGCUUCGAGCUGACAUGAACGUGGUAAAGAACAUAGCGAUGGAAAUAUUAGAUUUUUACGAUAGCCACAAGAUGAUCACAGAUGAAAGGGUAAAUGUUGCAAUGAGCAAGCUGGCUGGUAAGUAAAAAGCUGGGAGAGCCACAGGUGAUGACGAAGAUUCGGUUGAAGAUUGAUGAUUGUUUGGAUCUGAGGCUGAUCAUGUGUAUUUCUUACAAUUCAUGGGCCGAUAAAAAUGAUUUAAUAAGUAAUGUAUUCAACUUCCAUGAAUCCCUCAGUCGAUGAUGGAUGGAACUCCUGAAGGUGUAGAGAUUAAGCCAUUACUUUGGAUCUUGUGAUUAUCAUUAAUAUUAACUCUGAACAUUUGUUUUUGUCAUGCUUUGAGUAUUUAGUAAGCCUCUUACUUUCUUAUGGCAUUGAAUGAAUUAUAAUUGCUGCAUAAUUAUACUGUAU